CUUGUCAGUCUUGACAGACAUUACCCGCAAAUGCUGUUCACACAUUUGUUUGUUGUCAGAAAUAUAUCAGUUUUUUAAACAAUUCAAAGUGAUAUCAGUCAAAAUCAGACACACUAUUGUUGUCUGAAUGUAAUACAAGAAAAAUCACUCGAAUGUGAUCGUCGCAACAAAAGAAAAACGCGUUUUACGGUUACGUCACUAGGCCAUUUUGUAUUUGGUGAAAUCUUUGUUCGCGAACAGAGAAAAUUCCAAAGGUUUUUCGUAAACCUCGUAUUCUUUUUUAAAGUGUUAUCAAAAAUUCUUCAAAAUUCCGGUGCCUACGAGAAACAGAGAUCCCGGCCUCUACGGUAGCGGUGAUAUGAAUAAUAAAAGGAAAAAUCGAGGGGGCCCUGUAAGGAAUCAAAGGCCUUCCAGGUCUGUGGUAUCCGAGGGAGUAUACAAUAAUGCCCAUUUUAUGCAUGCCUCUACUGCACAAGUUGGGAAUAUAGUACGAAUCACAACAGCUUCCGGUAUUGUUUGGGAAGGAGUAUUUAAAACAUUUUCAAGUAGAUUCGAUGUAGUAUUAGAAGUGGCAGCCAAGGUAGAAAACCCAGACAGUCCCAAUGCCCAGAUAAAUGUUGAAACUUACGUGGACAAGCUCAUAUUCAAGGCGUGUGAUAUUUUGACGAUGGUAGCCCAAGAUGUAGAUCUAGAAUACCCAACUAGAGAUACUUUCCAAACAGAUACUGCCAUUUCAGCUCGACUUAAUGGUACCUCAAAAUUAGAAGAAAAAGAGUUAGAACCAUGGGACUCUUCUGGAAUGAAUGGUACUGAUAUACAACUAGAGUUGGACCAGGCCAACGGCUGGGACGCUAAUGACAUGUUUAGAAAAAACGAGCAAGAAUAUGGAGUCCAAAGUACCUUUGAUCAGUCUUUGAGAGGCUACACGGUACCACUCCAGACAAGCGAUUCUGCCGAUUAUAAAGAAGCUGAGGCUAAGGCUAAUAUGAUCGCUAGUGAAAUAGAAAAUCAACCUCAGCAUAAGGCUAGAUUAGAAUUAGAAAAUGGCGAUGAAGAAGCCGCAUUUGCAUCUGUCGUCAGGCCUCAAGAGUCUAGUUCCAAUGCAAUUCCGACUAGCAAACAUAGCAAUUUAGAGAACGACCUUUCCGUAGGUAAAUAUAUUCCUCCAGCUAAACGAAAGAACCAAAAUAGUGGAAAAUUGGUGAGAAGUACUCCACCUCCAAGCCAGAGCAGUAGCAACCAAAAUACUCCAUCUCCAAAAGAAAAUAGGCCGCCAAUGAGUUACCCCACACAUCCAUCACCACAUCAGAACAAUGUUCAUGUUCAACAAGUUCCCCAAAAUCCUCCCCACAACCCUCCUCACAUUCACAAUGCUACAAUACAUUCCCCUCCUAUGAACAUGCAGCCCCAUCCUGUACCCAAUCAUGCCCGCCCACAUUCUCAUACUCCCCCACAUCAGUACCAACAACCUCCCGUACAGCAGAGGCAGCCCCCUCCACCGCAACAAAUGCAGCAACAACAGCAGCAACAACAACAGCAGCAACCCCAUCCUCCAAAACUUCAAAUGAAUGGAGAUGCAAAGGGAGCACCUCCGACCCGUCAACAGAGGGUCUACCAGAAUCAACAGUAUCCACCUGAAAUGAAGCCAGAGGUUGUUCAGAUACAACAAGGACAUCCAUCAAGACACAGAGAUGAAACCAUGAAAGAUCUGCACCAGUUUGCUCAAGAUUUUAAAUUGGCACCAAUGUCCAAUGAACAACCUCCACAGAUGCAACCUCCUCCUCCCCCUCAAGUAGUCGAGCAAGUAAUUCAACAACCAGUGCAGGCAAUUCCGCCUCCUAAUAAACCUCCGCAGCAACCCUCUCCUCCGCAACCCCAGCAAUCAAUCAGCCCCCAACAGCAGGAACAUAUGGAAAAAGUAACAAACACAUUAAAAAAGUCUACCUUGAAUCCAAACGCCAAGGAAUUUGUUAUGAAUCCAUCCUCAAAACCUUUUCAACCCAGGGGAAGCAUCCUGCCACCACCAUGUUACUGCCCAUCUCCAUCACCAUCACCGAAACCAUUUCUUAGGUCUCCAAGUACUCCAUCAGCGAGCCGGCCUCACACCCCUCAAACUCCGAGUCACAGUCCUUAUAUACCAGCUUCGGUUGGUGGACAAGUACAGCCUCCCAUGCCCGUCAUGAUGCCCUUACACUACGUGAUGACUAGCCAACCGCAGUACCAGGCGCCACCUCAAGGCAAUAAGAUCAGACGUUUACCGAUGAGAACCGACAUGGCGUCGCAAAUGCAAGUGGCGGCGGCGACGGGCCAACCACUACUCGCCCCCGCGCCGAUGCAGCCGUUCAUCUACCCGCCAGCGAUGAACCAGGCCUACCAACCCAUGCACAUGGUAAGAACGUAUGACACGUCCCAGCAAAUCCAGUACCUCCCACCCAAUCCACAUCCAUCGCAAACGCCGUCGCCCGCCCAACCGCCGCAAUACAACCCCGCCCAGAUGCAGCAGGUGACGCAACAGCAGCAGCAGCAAUGCCAGGCUCAGCCGCCUCCGCCGCAAGGCCACCAUCAAUUCCCUCUCAUGUAUCCAAUCAUACCCGCCCAGCCGCACAUGAUGCAGGGCAUGCAGUACCUGCAACAGGCGCCGCCCCCUCAGCAGCCGCCCAUGCAGGUGCUGAUGCACCAACACCCCGGCCAAGGCAAUCCGCAUGGACCUAAUCCUUAGCGCUAGCGGUGGUUGUUGUGUUAGGUAAAUUUUUAAUAAUCUUUUUUUAUUUUUCUUUUUUUUUUUGUGGUCAACAAAUCUUUUUUUAUUAUUUUUUUGGUCUGCAGUUUUUUUAAAUUAACAAUAAAAAUUGGCGUUGUUAGAUGAUGUUUUUGUAGGUUUUGGAAGGCUUUCUUAAAGUUCUGGCGGUAUGAAUAUUGUUUCAUGAACUGCUUUAAAUCGGAAACUCUUAAAUGAAAUGAAGUUGGUUUAGUUGUCGAAACAAAGACAAAUGAAAGAAUUCAGGAAUAAAUUUUAGAUUCCGAGAGAGGAUAACAAACCCAAGAAAAAUUGUUUUUGAAUACUAGAGAAUAGUUGGAAAAUUGGAAGUAGAUCUGAUAGAGUCGGGUCAAAUUUACAAUUAGAUUGCUAGAUGUAUAAGGCUCAGGUGGCCUAAUGGUUGUCGUGGGAACGGCAAUCCGGAGGUCGGAUUCGAGUCCUGUUCGAAGCAGAUUUUUUCAAAAACAAUUUUCCAAUUUUUCUUUGAAUUCUGGAAUUUAUUCCUGUAUUCUUUAACUUGUCUUAAAAUAAGAGUUGGAUGUAUUGAUUAAAAUGAAAUGAGUAUAUUGGUGUAAAAAUUUUAAUAAAAUCAGCCGGGCAUUUUCGGAUUUACAAAGCCACCAUCACAGCCUUCAUAUGGUUGAUAUAUGUGGCGGCUUGUGCAAUGAGGCAAGGGAGGUUAUGCCUCCCCAAAUAAUUUAUUUAAUAUAUUUCGGCGAAAUCAUGUAAAAUUGAAGAGGAAUUCGGGGAAAUCAUAUAGAAUCAUGGGUGAUUAUACUGAAAUCGUAAAAAUGUAUAGAAGAUUUCGGCGAAAUCGCCUAAAUCAAACCAAUUUUUGGCGAUUUACAAAAAGCAAAUCCAUAUUAUUUACAAUCUGCUUCCUUCCUAAAAAAGUUGGUUGGUACAUCUGCUAAAAAUAUUGAAUAACAUAAACGUUUAUAAAAGAUAAAAUGUAUUGACAGCAUUGUUAAUAAUAUGUAUAUACAUUAGGUAUAAAUAGGAAUGAAAUAAAACAUUUUUAUCAAUAGUCAGAUUUAUUGAGAUAUUUUAUAAUUAUUUCUUGGUUUAAUUCACCAACUGCCUACACAAUCGAGGUUGCUAAAGGGCAAAGCUUAGAUUUGUAAACUCGAAAACGCUCGCCUGAUUCUUCCAGUUAUUUCAAAAUUAUAAAUAUAUAUUGAGUAAAAAAAAUGCUAACAUUUUUGUAUAGUCAGAAUUUGUAUAUAAGAAAGUUUUUCGAAAAUCGACAAACACAAUUUUUCGUUUCACAAAAAUUAAUUAAAAUUAUUAUAAAACCUUAUUAAGAAAUGAACGCAAAAAUUCUUGAUUGAUUUAGCUACAGAAUUAUUUUCAGCAAGACAGUUUUUUUCUAAUUAUAUUCUAAUUGAACAGAUUAGUUUUUAUGCUUUAUUUUAAAUAAUUUAUAGCUUAUUCAUUUGAACUAUUCUUAAUAUAGCAGAGUGUCUUGACGAAAUUAUCAAAGAAAUGAAAAGAAUAAUUAAAAUCAUAGUAUAACAGAUAUAAAUAAAGCUGUCAAGGGUGCCUAUGUUUGAAAUGGGAGAGAGAAAAUUCGUAUUUUUUAAAUCGAAUUCACCAACAUUGAGUAGUCUCUCAAAAACUAUCUCGUAAUUUUAGGUAGAAAAAAAUGGAAAUAAUGAGAAAAUUGUUUAGGUUAUAACUUAAUACUAUAAUUUAUUUAAUUCUUUUUGGGUCAUACAUACCUGUUAUUAUUCUUUAACCAGAAUUGGCAACCAAAAAUUUAAACCAAAUAAGGAUUUUACUAAUUACCUCUAACACUUCAACUUGUGUUUAGUACACCUCAGAAGUACACCUCAGAGUAAAUAGUUGGUAACAAGUUUGCUUGAUCUCAACAGUUACCAUGCUAAGCACUUGUGGUUGAACUAAACCUGUCUGAAAGUCGAUAAAGUAAAACACUUUAAAAAGUUGCGGGCUUUAAAAUUAAUAAUAUUUGAAGCAGUUUGAAGUCACUUUUUUCUAUUUUACAACUUUUACCUACAACUAAAACAAACAAUAAGUUUAGUGAAUUAUUGUUGUAGGUAAAGGUUAAAAAGUGAAAUAUAUUACUUGUUUUAAGUGAAAAAUAAAAAAAUAUUUUUAAUAAGUUUAUUUAGAAUAUGUCAAAAUUUUACGUAAGCAGAACUACGUAAUACUAAUAAAUUUGGCAACGCCGCAUGUCUAUGUCUCAAGUUGGCAUCCCGGCUUUUGUUAUACCUGUCGAUCUUUACUAAGAUCUCCUUUUCAGUCCAAGAAAAAAACGUUCAAAAAAGACAUCUUUUAUAAAUAUCUCUGUUCCAGUACGCUUUGCAAAGAAAAUAUAUCUAGACAAAAUUGAAGAGAAAUGAAUUCUCUAUAAAUUAGAUCUUAUAUUUCUGGCGCUAUAACACUACAAUUGCAAAUUUAUAUAUUUUUAAAUUUGAAGAUACAUUUUUGGAAUCAACUCGACAAGAGAAGUCUAAAAAUUAAAAACUGUUGAUAGCGUCAUCAAUUGAAAAUGAUUCCUGUCGAAAAAGUCAAAAAAUGACCCGUCUCGGCAAUUUCCCUCAACGUUAUUUGUUUAGCUAAAAAUUAAUUAGUGUAUGUAAUUUUUUUGGUAAUUUAACAAAAUCUACGUUACAGCCAUAAAGAAAAAUAAUAGACUACAAGGUUAGUUUAAACAUAAUUGUUUCGUGACCAUUUUAGGUUCAUUUUAACUUGAGCUUUAAGAAAUUCAUCAAAAGAAUAUUAUUUGACGAAUUUUUAAUGUCGACAAAAGAUGGUGAAAUAAAAAAUGUAAUUACUCAUAUUGAGUCAAUAGUAGAUAAAAAAAAAGGAUAUGCCAAAAAAAAUAAUAUAAAAUUUUAAACAUUUUAAAGAAAUCAUUUUUUUUAACUUUAUAGUAGACUACUUGAAAUGGCAAAAGAUGUAAAGUUUUUUAUUUAAUAUUCACAGUUUAUUUGCACAGGGUGCUGCUCUGGAUUUAAUAUUCCUAUUUGUAAACCAGCAAAAUUCCAUUUUUUUACAAAUUUGUGCGAUAUUUUAAAUUCGUUUACAACUUUUUCUAGUUUUAAAUUUACUGACCCCUGUAUCUAUGCUGGUUUAUGAAAUUGUUAAAUAAGGAUCACGCUUUUUCAGAGUUUAAAAUGUAAUGAACACUUAAAAAAUAUAUUUUAAAAGUAAUUAAGAAUUAUACAUUUUUUUGUUAAAAUAUUGAAAUAUCGCUCUGUUGAUAAAUUUCAGCUCAAAAUUGAACCAUUUUUAGGUGUAUCAGUUUUCUAACAACUGAGCGUUAAAGUCUUAAAUAUUGAUUACAAAGUACUAAAGAAUUUAAUGGUUUCAUAAAAACUGUACAAUAAUUAAAAUGAUAAAAAACAACGCCAAUUUUUAAUCAACAAUUUUUUAUUCAAAAAGUAAAUUAAAACAAUCUUGUUAUUUUUUGUUAUAUUCUUUUAAUUUUGUUAAUUGUUAUUUUUCUAAACUUAGAAAGUAUGUUUAAGGUCGUGGAAAUUACAUCUCACAUAAUCUGUCUGUGGAUUAUCAAAUUUUUUGAGGAUUUUUAUCAGAUAUAAGAACGGGUUACUCAAAAAAAAAAAAACAGACGGGCUACGUAUAGGAAUUGUAAGAUUUUUUUACUAUACCUAGGAUAUAUGUGAUAAAAAUUAUGUAAACCUUGAGACGACGUUUUACAAAAGGGUACUAAAAGUCUUCACUGAUUUUACAAAAUAUUCGCGACCAAAUUCCAAAAAAGAAAUUAAAUUUUUCGACGUUAGUACCCUCUUGUUACUUUUAGUCGUCUUGGAGGCAUUUUUUCUUUUAAAAUUGUUAAAUAACUUUUUUUCUGAUAGUGUUUUCAUUCAAACUAUUUUUGGUGGUUAUAUCAUUCCAUAUUUUUUUAUUAAAAAAAAGAAUCAUCAUAAGGUAGUGGCCGCUCUUUAUUUUUUUCACAUAUCGAUAAUCAUGCAGUAUUUAAAAUAUUAAAAAAAAAAACAGCCAGCUGGGUCUGGCUUCAUACUUUUCAGCAUACAGGUUCUCUAAACCUGCAGAUCACUAAAUAUAUCCAAUUUUUAUAUAAUAGGCAACCACCGAUACAUAUAUAAAACAAACAUAAAAAUAAAUAAUAAGGAUGCUUAAAAUCUUUAUUAAGCAUGCUACAACCUCAGCAGUGUGUAUCUAAAGGGGAAAGGAACGUGAAACCUGGGAUUAUUUCCCAUCGAACUCCCAAAUUUACUGUCAUCUUUCUCAGUAGACACUGGAUUUAUUUUAAAUGAUUUAAAUUAAUUUUUCAAUAGUUCAUGAUUUAUAAGGUUCAUUUUAUUAAUGUGCUCACCCUUGGUUCUAAAAGUAGCAUAUUAUAUUAAUUUAUUCACAUGUGCGUAUAUUAAUAUAUCCCAAUCUUCAUAUUGAGUAUAUUAAUAUAUCCCCAUCCUUAUAUAUUAAUUUAUAUUUAUAGACAUAUAUUAGUAUAUCCAGGGCAGCAUAUAUUAGUUAUUACGUCAGCUUCUUCUUAUUUAAUCUAAUGCCCUUUAUGACCAUGGACACAAGAUGGAAACAUACAGUGCAACUCUUAGAUUAUUUCUCAUCCAAAUCGACUUUUUCUAUCAAAAUUCUUUUGUUUCGUCCAGAUUUAGUGUUAUAUUUAUUGGUAUCUUCUACAGGAUUUAUUUCAUUUUCUUUAAAUGAACCUUCCAGUAUUUCUUUCAUAUGCUCACCCUUUGUUCUACAAAUAGCAUAUAUUAAUUUAUCCAGAUCAGCAUAUAUUAAUAUAUAUUCUCAUAUAUUAAUUUAGCAUUAUCGGCAUAUAUUAGUAUAUCCAGAUAAGCAUAUAUUAAUUUGUCGGCAUAUAUUAGUAUAUCCACACAAGGUGGGAACGUGCAGUGUGGCCUGAGUUUAUUUUCCAUCCAACCGGCCUUUUCCAUACAAAUUCUUGUGUUCCAAAUUUACUGUCACCUUUCUUGGGACCUUCCUCAGCUUCUACGUGAUUUAUUUCAAAUUAUUUAGAUGAACCUUUCGGUAUUUCAUUACUUACGUCUCGAUUCAUUUAUAUGCUCACCAUUUGUUCUACAAAUAUCAUAAUAUAUUAAUAUAUCCACAUCGGCAUUUAUUACGUCAGUAGGUUCCCUCUUUUUCUAAUGUCAUUUAUGACGGUAUCCAGAAGUUUUUAAUACCUUUAUUGUUUUCUGAAGAAUAUCAAUUAUCUUAAUAUGAUUAUUAAUUAAUUCUGAUGAUAGAACAGUAAAUCCAACUUAAUGAAUUUUAUAAACUGGCUAAGCUGCCCUCUUCAUUUGCUUGGAUUCACUCUCUCCAUCAAGUAAUCCUUUAUAUUCUGGUAAAGAACGGUUCUUUCGUGAUAGAUUAUUAUUUGCGAGAGUUAUGUCGUCAAUCAGGAAAUUAUUUCCUUAAUGAUUCUAACCGAGAACUGCACAAUCUGUCUAAAGAGUUGUAUUGACCAGAAGAGGCCAAAACAGGGUCCACCAUUUUUCAUUGAUACAUUCUCCUUUGAGAUACUUUUGGAAAAGAUUUCCCCAGCUUCAUUAAUUAAUAACUUUUAAAUGUCUACAUGAGAAUAGCUGAUGGAAUUAAUCUAAGUGAUCCUUGCUUAUUAGCAAUUAUCAUAUAGACUUGUGACUUAUUUACAAAGUUGCUGAAAACUGUAAAUAAUAUAAAUGUUGUUUCUUAAUUAGGACUUUUCAAUAUCGGUUUUUUGAAAUUGAAACCUUAUUAAACAUAUAAGGCGUGGUUUAAUUACAAUCAAUUUUAAAUCGUUUUAAAUUUAAUUCACAAAAUCGUAUAUUUUGCGCAUCGAUUGUUAAAAUCGCCUUCUACUUGAGCUACAUGAGGCUUGAAAAAUAAAUCCAGCCAUGGUUGGAGUCCGACUUAAAGGUAAAUUUUCAUUUCAAAUUAAAGGACAUGGACAGAUUUUUUUUUUUUUUUUUCUAUUUUAGAAAAGUAUAGAUACGUCACUUUUUUUGACGUGAAAUUCUAGGAACUUUGUGAUAACAGUAGAAAACCUUUGGUGUUGUCGUUAAUAUUGGUUUGCAGUUACGUUUUAAGUAUAUCUUUAAUGGAAAAAACCUAAGGGUGGUUGGAAUUUUUGUUAAAUAGUAUAAAAACACGUUUUUAUUUGCAUUCUAAUAGCCUCACAAAGGACCCUUAAAUUUACCUACAUUUAAAUCCUUAAUAGGAUUCGUCAUUGUAUUCAAUGCCUAAGUUGGGUGAUAUUUUACGUAAUGUUACUGUUUGUAAACUGACAUGCUUUACAUUGUUUCAUAAAUGUUUUCUAGAAAAAUAUUAACAAAUAAUAAUUGGUUUCUUAAUGAUUUGAGCCUCAUUUAUUAACGAUUCAAAGCGAUUGAAACAAUCAUGGCAUCUUCCAACUCUACUUAUUCUCUUGGUUGAUGUUGAACUGUUUAUAAAGAAAAACACUAAUUAAUAAAUCACUAAACGAUUUGAAAUUGAUUUUAAGGAAGUGCACCCGAAUCAUCUAAAAUGCGAUAAACUGUAUAUAUAGGAGUAUUUUAAUAAUAAAUUUGGAAAUCUGCAGUGUCUGGGAACCCCAUUAUUUUUAUAUAUAUAAAUGUAUAUGUUUACAGUGAGUUGCGUUGCGGCAUCAUAUUGUUAACAUUGCCUAAUCGUAUUUGUUGAAAGUCAGGCAGCAUGGAGGUGCUUCUUAGAUACUAAGGUGCCUUAAUCUUAUUUUUUCCAUUUUGUAUUUGAUUGAAACAAUGUAAAAGCUCUUCGGCACCUCGAAUUGUUGAAAAAAAUUACUUAGUUGAACUAAGUAAGGAGGAUGUAAGUCGUCGGAAAUUCGCGUUGGUGAAUUUUCGAAAUAGAAAAGAUAUUUUUAUCGAUAAUUAUUAUUUCGAUUGAAAAAAUGGCGCGUUCUAAUUUACGAAUUAUUAUGCGCUAUUUUUAUCUAACUGGAUUCCUAUUCGAAAUGAUUAUUCAAAAUUAUGAGCAAACAGUUAGAAAUGUUAUAUAUGAAAUUGUUUUUUUCUUUUUUUUUUCGCAAAUAAAGUCUGAAUUUAUUUGUAA